AUGUACAGCCACAACAACCAUCGGCAGAGCCAUGGCCUGCUAAAUGGCGCUUCCAACCACCAAAACUAUCAGAUGAACAUGCACAAGGGCUUCCAAGGACAAAGCCAUGGCCACCAGUCACACCACGUGAAUAAUCAGCACCAAGAUCAUGGUACAAUUGGUGGGCAGGGCGGAUUCGGCAACCACCAACACACAGUGUCCACGAGCACGCUUUCCAACACCACUCCACACUUUACCCCUGCUCAUCUCCAGAAUGGCACUCCAGACCACGUCAAACCGCCGAACGAGCACUACGCCGAGCACCUUCGAGAGUACGCCAAGCUGAAGAUGGCUGGUGACAAACCCCACUACUACGCCCGAACCACGCCUCACGUUAGCCGAUUGCCGGGUACCACGCUCUCUUCGGGGAGUACGAGAAUGACAGAUGCUGAUGAGCAUGGUGCGGCUCGAGCGCGGAGCGGCGAAGUCGAAGAGUCGGAGAGCAAUCAGAUAUGGGAUGCGAUGGAUCUGGGAGGACACGGGUUGAAGAGCAUGGGCGCGUCACUCUUCCGGCACUACUCUCAUCUCCGAAGGAUGUUUUUCAACCACAACCGGCUCAGCAUCCUGACCCCGCAGAUCAGCACCAUGCGCGCCCUGACAUGGCUCGACCUUUCCAUGAACCAGCUUACCGAGCUUCCGCCCGAGAUCGGCAUGCUGACGCACCUGAAGCGGUUGUAUCUUUUCGACAAUGGGCUGGAUCGCUUGCCGUAUGAAGUCGGUUUCCUGUAUCAAUUGGAGAUUCUGGGCUUGGAGGGCAACCCGAUGCGAGAUGGACAAGAUCAGAUGGCUCGAUUGGUGGAGCACGGGACUCAAGAGCUCGUCCGGUCUCUGCGAGAAGAGGCACCACCUCCCCCUCCACCGGAACCGCGUCCCUGGCACGACCUCAUCAGCGAGAGCGAUGCGCCGGCAAAAGACCGAUUCACCGUCGCCAGCUGGAACACUCUCUGCGAUCGCGCCGCAACCCAGUCAGCGUAUGGCUACGCGGCCAGCGACUGGCUUUCGUGGCAGAAGCGAAAGUACAUGAUCCUGGACGAGUUGAAGGACCGAAAUGCGGACAUCCUGACGCUGCAAGAAGUCGACGGCGAGAACUAUAACGACUUUCUCGCCCCGAAUCUUGCGCAUCACGACUACAAGGGUGUGUACCAGGCCAAGGGUCGUGCGCGGACAAUGAGUGAGCGAGAGUCGAGGAACGUUGACGGCUGCGCGACAUUCUGGAAGCACAGCAAGUACAUGCUCUUGCAGAAGUACGCCAUCAACUACUCGCAAGAGGCCAUCACUCGCACCGACAUGAAAGGCGAGCACGACGUCUACAACCGCGUCAUGCCCCGAGACCACCUGGCCCUCAUCACGUUCCUGGAGAAUCGGCAGACUGGAUCGCGAAUCAUCAUCGUCAACACGCAUCUUACUUGGGAGCCGUGGUUCACCGAUGUCAAGCUCAUCCAAGUCGCCAUUCUCAUGGACACGCUGGCCAAGAAAGUCGAAGAGUACUCGCGCUGGCCGCCCAGUAAAGACAAGGACAAAGAGCCCUUCCGCUUCAGCAGCGAAGACAACCACGACGGACCCGACGGCGCCCCAGCCGCCAAACCCGACCCCCCAGCACCAUCCAUGUCCUACGAGUCCGGCACGCAAAUUCCCCUCCUCGUCUGCGGCGACUUCAACUCCACCCACGACUCCGGCGUGUACGAUCUCAUCACCAACGGCACCCUCUCCAACACGCACCCGGACCUCGGCGCGCAGAAAUACGGCGACUUCACGCGGCACGGCAUGGAGCACCCCUUCUCGAUGAAGUCCUGCUACCAGGACCUCGGCGAGCUGCCCUUCACCAACUACACGCCCGACUUCCGCGAGGUCAUCGACUGGGUCUUCUUUUCCACCAACUCGCUGCAGGUGACGGGCUUGCUGGGCCGCUUCGAUCCGAACUACAUGACGCGCGUCCCCGGCUUUCCCGACUUCCACUUCCCCAGUGACCAUUUGCUGUUGAUGGCGGAGUAUCACGUCAAGGAGCGCAAGGAGCGCAAAGCACCGGUAGAAGCGGACUUCGGGCCUUCGUCGAAGCGUUGA